AUGGAAUACACAAAGACAGUGGAUCUGCUGCAGCACAUUUCUCAGGCUGCAGUUUUGGCCAGUGAUGUCUCCUUAUACAUUGAUGACCAGAACUGUCCCUCUCUACACUUUAACUCUUCUGGAUAUGUGAUGGUGUCCACUGAACAAGCUUUUGGACAAAGGUUUUGUGAUGAGUUCAGUGUCCUUCUGGAGCUCUGGAGUCCACAGUUGGAGGAGAGCAGUGUUCUGACUGUUUUAAACUCUGAGUAUGACAUCCACCUGCAGCUCCAGCUCAGCCCUCGCUCCCUCACCAUCAUCUCCACACAGCACAGACACUACCAGUUUUCAGUGGGUCCUCUUCUGGACAGCGUCUCACAUCGUAUCUCUCUGGGUGUGUCCCCUCUUUGGCUGGAGGUCUAUGUGGACUGUUCCCUGGUGGAGAGGCUGAACUGGGCCUAUCCCUGGCUCCCUGUAUCCACAGACGGCCUGGUCGUCAUAGGAGGCAACCUGGAGACAGGCAAGACAUCCUUCCAGGGUGAAGUGAGACAGAUGACCUUUGUGAUGGGCAAUGCAGACGCAGCCAGAGACCACUGCACUCACCAGAGACCUGUCUGUAAUCCUGACAACUCCAAAACUACGUGGAAUGACCUGCUACAAAGUCACGGAGAAACUACAACGAAUCGAGAUGAUAUGGACCAAGAACUUACUCCAGAUUUCCAUUCAAUUAUGGGCAUUGAUUUGUAUGAAGACCUUGAAGUUUCCGACCACGAGGAGGAGCCACUUUCACCUUACAUGGAGACGGACAAUGUAGUGAUUCUAGAUACAGAUUUACCAUCAAAGAUACCAGAGCUGGAUGGUGGAAAUAUUGUGUAUGGAACUGACCAGAGACUGUAUAGAGUUCACCAAGGACCUCCUGGUUUCAUGGGACUCCCGGGCAAGCAAGGUUCUCAUGGUCCUCCUGGUCUGGACGGGCAGCGUGGGGACCCAGGACCCCCUGGAGUGCCAGGUGCCCCGUCUCUGUUUCUGUGGAGGAACACUGAGGAGGACUGGGCUGCUUUUAAGAGAUCUCCGUUCUACCAGAUGCUGAGAGCUGGCUGGCCCGUGAUGCCCGGACCUCCAGGACCUCUUGGGCAAAUGGGCAAACCUGGUCCACCUGGUAUUCCUGGAGAGCCUGGAGACAGAGGAAUGCCUGGACAAAGAGGAGACAUGGGUCACCUGGGGCAAAAGGGUGUGCUUGGUCGGGCUGGGCGAUGGGGCACCGAUGGGACCCCAGGACUGGACGGAAGGCGGGGUCCUCCUGGUUUACGUGGACUCAAGGGGCAAAGAGGUUUUAAAGGGGACGAUUCUCCAGAAGGGGAAAAAGGAGACAUGGGUUUCACCGGAGAGCCUGGUCCAAGCGGAGACAGAGGCAGCUAUGGGGAAAAGGGUGCUAAAGGUGAACCUGGGGAAGCUGGACCAGUCGGCCCUCCUGGUGAUCCAGGUCCGGCUGGUCCCAGGGGUCGAUUUGGCCCUCCUGGUCCAAUAGGACUGAUUGGACAGAUUGGUGUAGCAGGACCUCAAGGACCUCAGGGCCUGCCUGGAGUUGAUGGACCAUGUGGCCCAAAAGGGGAAAUGGGUCCAAUAGGUCCCAUGGGCAUCAGGGGACCACCAGGCCUUGAGGGAUCUAUGGGCUUUACAGGACUAGAUGGUGACAAAGGGGAAACUGGGCCUAAAGGAGACAAAGGUUCACCAGGUGGUAGAGGGAUCCCGGGUCAUCAGGGGGAGAGGGGAGAGCGAGGGCCAGCAGGUCUCGAAGGGGACAGGGGUCAAACCGGGCCACAGGGGAAACAGGGUGAAGAUGGUGAAGUGGGCCUUCAGGGCUCACUGGGGAGACAGGGGCUGAAGGGUAACAGAGGUGUGCAAGGACAGAAGGGCAUGAUAGGACCUAAAGGACAGAGAGGUCGUACUGGAGUCCCUGGUCUGUUCGGACUGCCUGGUGUAGCGGGUUUCAGAGGCCAAGUCGGGAUAGAGGGACCAGAAGGAAAGCCUGGUAUACAGGGUGCUCCAGGUGUGAUUGGCGUCAUUGGUCCUAAAGGAGACAGAGGUUUUCCAGGUGCAUCUGGUGAAAUAGGGCGGACCGGUCCAAAGGGGGCAGUGGGCCAACCUGGAAGCCCAGGUUCAAAUGGGGCACCUGGACGCACAGGGGAGAGGGGCUUCACUGGGAAACCUGGGUUAACUGGCCCUCAGGGACCAGUGGGCAUGUAUGGUUACCCAGGAGCAGUGGGCCCAGUCGGAACACCAGGACACAUGGGGCAGAGGGGAGACGCAGGGGUAAGAGGGCCCCCAGGAAGUCGAGGAAAACCUGGACCUCAAGGUCUGCGUGGCCCUAUUGGUGAGAGAGGACCCCCGGGACUGCAGGGUCUCCAAGGAGCAGUGGGGCCAAAAGGGCUUCGGGGACAACCAGGCCCUCCAGGACGUCCCGGUGCUCAGGGGGCUGUGGGGGCUGCGGGGCCCAUUGGGAGUCAGGGGCCCCCAGGGUCACAGGGGCCCCCGGGAGCCAGAGGGUUUCCAGGACCAGCAGGGAUUGGUGGAGUGAUGGGUGCAACUGGAGACAAAGGAGAGAGGGGCGUUGUGGGUCCUGCUGGAGAUAUUGGCCCACCCGGUUUAGACGGCUUGCAGGGUUUACCAGGUCCAUCUGGAGAAGAGGGAAAACCUGGAAGAAAGGGAGACCAGGGAUCUCCUGGAGCCAAAGGACCACAGGGGGUCAAAGGACUUAAAGGAGAGCCAGGUCCUCAGGGCUCACAGGGGCUGACAGGCAAACCUGGGCCCAUGGGCAAAGAGGGAGGAGUUGGGAUUCCUGGAAAGCGUGGAAAUGCCGGGCCUUAUGGAGCAAAGGGGAAUAUGGGGGCUCGUGGUUUGACAGGAUCAGAUGGCCCCCUAGGGUUACCAGGAAAACAGGGUGCAAGAGGGGCUACAGGGGACAAAGGAUAUCCGGGUGUGAUGGGAGCUGCUGGUCUGAGGGGAAAGACUGGACCAAUGGGAUUAAGAGGACAACUGGGUUUUCCAGGACUUUCAGGGCGUCCAGGUCGUGAUGGGAAAUCAGGACAAAAGGGAGAAAGGGGUCCAAAUGGUUUAACAGGAGAAAUUGGAAAACCUGGCCCAAAGGGAGUGCCAGGACGCAGAGGGCUUAAAGGAGAAAGAGGGCAGCUUGGACGUAAAGGGUCCACUGGUGUCAGAGGAAGACCAGGGGAUGUUGGUCCAAAAGGGUUUUCUGGAGCUCAGGGACCGAGUGGAGAACCUGGAAAAAAGGGAGAGCAAGGAGACGCGGGCUCUGAUGGACCUCAGGGACAGAAAGGACAAAAGGGAUCACCUGGACCAAAGGGUGAAGAAGGUGACCUGGGUCCUGAUGGCCCAGUUGGUCCACGUGGUCCACAGGGACCUAAGGGUCUCCUCGGUAUGGAAGGAAAAAAUGGUAUAAAAGGCCAAAAGGGCAAUCAAGGCAAGAGUGGACACCCUGGAAAGAAUGGACCCAAAGGGAGGAAGGGUAAAAAGGGGAAAUCAGGGAGCAGAGGCCUCAGAGGAAAGAGUGGUGAAAAGGGAAAACCUGGCACCCCUGGACCACUUGGUCCACCGGGCAGACGAGGCCCAUAUGGAAAACAUGGGGCACGUGGUCAAAAAGGUGUUAAGGGACGAGCAGGCAUGAAGGGUGAGCCAGGAGCAAUGGGACCCCCUGGACCUUUUGGUGGAGAUGGUGUUAAGGGAGCUAGAGGCCUGAUUGGAGUUCGAGGUAAAACUGGCCAGAAAGGAGAACAGGGAGAUAUUGGCCCCCUGGUCCUCGUGGGGCACCUGGACUACCUGGGUUACCUGUAA